UGGCCAUUUGGACGUUACAUGAUCGAAUAAAUUAUAACGAUAAAAAAAGAAAAAUCAAAGCUUCGAGUCAAAACAGAGGAACCUGCAUUGAAGCAACAUUGUUCACCAAAACACGCAUCAGAAUAUUCAAACUCUCAUCAAAUUAGUCAAUUUUUCUCUUUAAUUCUCACUCUUUUUAUCACACUUUUUCUGGCUCCCACUAUACUAAACUCAUCUACUUGCCUUCCCUCUUUUCAACUUUCCGAUAAACAUUCAUUCAAUACAGAUAUUACUAUAUUGGGUAUAAUUUUAGUUAACAAAUUAUGGGUAGUAUGAGAAAUAUGGACCCUCAAUCAGUAGCUGAGAGGGCAGUUCGCGUGAUCGGAUAUGGUUAUGAUUUGACCACGGAUCUCCGAUUAUCAUCUUGUAAAGCAGGGCCUAACGAUUCGAGAUUGAUUGAAAUUGAUCAAAAAAUGAUCAGAGAUUUGGUAUUGCCCGGUGGAAUUGUGGUGAAUGAUGUACCGUCUUCAAUAAAGUCUGAUAAGGGUGAGCGUACUCGAUUUCGGUCCGAUGUUCUAUCUUUUAAUCAGAUGUCAGAGCAUUUCAACCAAGAUACUGGGUUAUCAGGUAAAAUUCCUUCGGGCCAUUUCAAUGUGAUGUUUAACUUCAAAGGCUGCUGGCAGAAGGAUGCAGGAGUUACAAAAAACCUUGCUUAUGAUGGCUGUUUUAUCACCCUCUACACGAUUGAGCUUGCAAAAUCACAUAUGACUCUUUCAGAAGAUAUCAAACAAGAAGUGCCUUUGUCAUGGGAUUCUGCUGCACUUGCUGGGUUCAUUGAAAAAUAUGGUACCCACAUUGUUGUUGGGGUGAAAAUUGGUGGUAAAGAUGUAAUUCACAUUAAGCAGCUGAAAAACUCUAAUGCUGAACCAGCUGAGAUUUUGAAUUUGCUUAAGAAGCUUGCUGAUGAAAGGUUUUCAAAUGAUCUGUCAGGCUCUGGAUUACAUGGAAAGCAGAAGGGCAAAGGGCGAACUAACUGGCAACUUCAAGCAUCUUUGGCCCAAUCAUUUAGACCUAAUGUCGCUUCACAUUCAAAAAAUGAGGAUGUUCUAAGUAUUGCAGUUCGAAGAGGAGGGGUAGAUAUUGGUUCACACGAACAGUGGCUUUCUACCAUAGCUGAGUUGCCGAAUGUGAUAUCUAUGUCCUUCGUUCCUAUUACUUCAUUGUUAUGUGGAGUUCAGGGCUGUGGUUUUCUCAGUCAUGCCGUAAAUUUGUAUCUCAGAUAUAAACCUCCUAUAGAAGAGCUUGCUGAAUUUCUCGAGUUCCAGUUACCUCGUCAGUGGGCCCCAGCAUAUGGUGAUCUUCCAUUAGGCCUUAGACGCAAGAAAGAUGCAUCUCCAUCAUUGCCAUAUGGCUUAAUGGGUCCUAAGCUUUAUGUCAAUAUUGUGCCCGUUGAGACUGGAAAUAAACCUGUCACUGGUAUACGGCUUUUCCUGGAAGGUAAGAGGAGUGACCGGCUUGCAGUCCAUUUGCAGCACCUUACAUCUAUUCCAAAGAUCAUCCAACUUUCUGAUAAUCAUAGUAGCCUACAAAGUGAUGAACAUCUAAAGCGAGACUACAUAGAAGCUAUCCGAUGGAGCAUAUUUUCCCAUGUUUACACAGCCCCAGUUGAGCACAAUCACUUAUCUACUGAUGACGGUGCCCCUAUUGUAACAAGGGCAUGGUUCGAGGUCAAGUCUGUUGGCAUGAAGAAGGUUCUCUUUUUAAGGCUAGGAUUCUCAAUGGUGGCCUCUGCGAAACUCCGAAGAUCAGAGUGGGAUGAAUCAAACACCUUAUCUAAGAAGUCAGGGAUGUUUUCAAAGAUAAGUGGACGGUUUAGUGGGGCACUGAACCCUCCACCAGAACCUCAGAAGCCAGAUAUAAAUUCCGCUCUCUAUCCUGAUGGCCCACCUGCUCCUCCUUCAGCACCCAAACUGUCAAAUAUUGUCGAUACCAAGGAAAUGAUUCGAGGUCCAGAAGACCAUCCUGGAUAUUGGGUGGUUACUGGAGCAAAGCUGUGUAUGGUUGGUGGGAAGAUCAGUAUCAAAGCAAAAUUCUCACUGUUAACCAUUAUGACAGAUUCAAAUGAUUCGAUGUCUGAAAACUGGAGCUGAUACACAGGGAUCCGAAUAGUUUGGGUCGUAGUCAUUUGUAUUCAUCCUGAUUCACGACACUUCAUUUCAGUCCUCGUCAAAGUUGGUAUAACAAUUGCAGUUUGGGCAAGAAAUUCCAGUCAAGUUAUUUUUUGUAGUACGAUUGUAAAUUAUUAUUAUUAUAUAUUGGCCUAUAUUUUUUGACAAGUAAAUAUUGUAGGUGCAAUUUAGUAGUUCUAUCAGGAGCCUGGAAUUUCAUUCUCUGGUACCGGCCACUGGGAGCAGAUCAACCAAGAAACAGCAUUUUCAACUUUCUGCUUGAGUCUGUUGUGCUCAUUCUUUUCCCCCUGUCAAUUUUUUGUUAUCAUGUAAAGUUUUUACACAUUCAUUGUAAGUUAUGAUUCCAAAAGAAUUGAUGUAAAAUAUUCAUGUACUUUGUUGUGCGACAACGGAAGCAUGGUCGAUGAAAAAUAAUAAAACAAUAAGAAAUUCAAUGCAAAUAAUAAGAAAA